AUAAACCCUUGUACUACUAUAUAAGAGCCAAGUAUGGCUGAAAGCAAGAUUGGGUUAUAGUAAAAAAAAGAUCGAGAAGACAUGGCGAGAGAGAAGCAAGCAGAGAUAACAAUAAUGGAGCCACUUAGCCCAGUGUCCCGGCUGUUUGUUUCGCCCGGUUUCUAUGGCGUCAUUGUCUUUACCUUAGGGUUUAAAACUAGAUGCAACUCAUCUGCCAUUGUUGAAGGUAUCAAGAACACAUGGAUCAAGCUUCCCCGCUUCUCUAGCAAAGUGGUAAUGGACGAUAAGAAAAAUGGAGAAGCGGUUUGGCUUCCUGUUAGUGUUCGAGUAGAAGAUCACGUUUUUGUUCCCGACAUUGAUCCAUCCGACAUUACAAAUCCUGAUCAAUUUAUAGAAGACUAUACGUCAAACAUAGCUAAUACGGACAUGUCAAAACCUUUAUGGGAAUUUCAUGUACUGAAUAUAAAGACAUCAAACGCAGAAUCUUUAGGUAUAGGGAAGUUCCAUCACUCACUGGGCGAUGGGAUGUCUCUUAUGUCUCUUCUGUAUGCUAGUUCAAGAAAAAUAUCAGACCCCAAUGCUCUUCCUACUACUGCUUCUACAAGAAAACAAGUUGGUUCCAAUGAUAGUUGGUGGUUGGUUGCAAGAUUCUGGUUUAUGAUAAGAGUCAUUUUUACAACUUUUAUUGAACUGUUUAAGUCCCUCCUUACACUAUGUUUUAUGCGUGAUAAUAAAACUCCUCUCAUGGGUAAAACGGGAGACCGAAAUGGACCUAGAAAGAUUAUCCAUCGGAUAAUAAGCUUUGAUGAUGUCAAGUUUGUGAAGAACACAAUGAAAAUGAAAGUGAAUGAUGUUUUUCUUGGAAUGACACAGGCAGGUCUCUCAAGAUAUUUGAGUAAAAAAUAUGAAGAUGAAGAUCCAGUGACCAGGAAGAAAAAGUCCUUAGAAGAAACCCGUCUCCGUGGUACAAUUGCUGUAAAUCUAAGACCAGAGACAAAGAUCAAGGAUCUGGCUGAUAUGAUGACAAAAGGUUCAAAAUGUAGAUGGGGUAACUUCAUAGGUGUUGUUAUAUUUCCUUUGUGGGUAAAAUCUGAGGAUGAUCCCUUGGAAUACGUCCGUAGAGCCAAAGCUACUAUGGAUAAGAAAAAAAUCUCCAUGGAAGCACUUGUGUUAUAUGGAUUCAUCAAAUUUACCAUGAAAAUAUUUGGCGAGAAGGUAGCAGAAGCUAUCACUAAGAGGGUAUUUAGCCAUACAACGUUAACAUUUUCUAAUGUGUUGGGUCCGAACGAAGAUAUAAGUUUUUUCGAACACCCCAUGUGUUAUGUCGGAGCAAGUGCAUUGAUUGGACCACAAGCUCUUAUUAUCCAUUAUGUAAGCUACGUAGACAAGAUUAUCAUCAAUCUAGCUGUCGACACAACAGUGAUUCCAGACCCUCAUCAACUAUGUGAUGAUUUGAUAGAGUCGCUUGAUAUCAUUAAACUUUCUGUCUUGGAGAAAGGUCUUCAUAAAAUGGAGGUUUGACACCGUUCACACGAUAUAAAUAAACAUGGAAGUCUACGUUAAAAAGAUAACAUGUGGUGAAAUACUAUGUUAACUUUUGUAUUUGUUACGAUGCCAUGUUAUUAUAUACAUUCUACUUCGGUAGUAUAAACGUUUUAUUUGUAUACAGAAAAAGCAUUAGUUCA